AUGCCUUCAAAGACGGACGACAAGUAUAGGGAUCUGGAGGUCCGCGAGCCACUCAAGGGGGAGGAGGUUCAGGGAGGGGGCAAGGGAUGCGCGCCAAGUCAGCGGUCGGCUACAAAGGGGCAGAUGAUGGCAUCGGAACAUAAGAAGCGAGGAGGCGACCACAGGGUCGACGAGAAACAUGAGACAGCGACAGACGAGGAGUGCAGCUCGACGAAGGGAUACGUCAAGAUUAAUAAGAAGAGCAUCAGCGACUGCACAACACACUGGGACGACCCCGAAUAUAUGGAGAGCAAUGAGCGGGAAUACCGAAAGUUCCAGCAGGAGGAGCGCAGGUCCAAGAAAGGGUCGCAUGAGCAUGAAGAGGAGGGUGGGAAGAAGCGUGGGCGGGGAGCAAACGCGGUAUGCCCGAACAAGAAAGCAAAGAAUACAGGGGGAGGUGACGGGGAGCCAACAGGGGCAGCCGGAGACAAGACGCGGGUUCCGAAGAGGGGUCAAGAGGUGCAGUGGCAUGGGCGCGGUGGGAUUGAUAAGGGCCAAGUGGUCGAAGUGUUGUACGAGGAGAAGGAAGUCGAGGGCAAGAGGGUUGCGGCGAGCAGGGAGGACCCCCGGGUGGUAAUCAAGAGCGAGUUGUCAGGGGAGACGAGGGUGCUGGAAGCGGAAGCAGUGUAUUUUGAAUAG